AUGAUAUCUCCUUGUCGAGCCGACUAUCAUCUUCCUAAAUUUCGUGACAAACUAAAUGCAUAUGCAAAAAUCUUUGGUGAUUUUCAUUCUGAUUUAAAGUGUGAUGAUGGUAUCAAUGAUGAUGUCAUUAGAAAUAAUGAUUUUGAAAAUAACAAUUCUCCUUCUUCAAUCUUCACUACAAAACUGCCAUUCUUUCUCCCUCUUUUGCUACAACAGUAUAUUAUAGGCAAGGUUUUUGAAGGUACGUAUACUCUCGUCUUCAUCUCUCCCACUCCUUCUCGAACCUUCUUCUCCUCUUCUGUUACCGGUAAGACCACCCACCGCCGUCCGCCGCCACUCUCUCUUUUCCCCCUAACCCUUUACCCUUUUGCUGUUAACCUGAACCAUCACAGCCCCAACGCGCCGCUGAUACCCACAAACCACUACCACCGUAAAACCCUAAACACAACCAUCAGUCUCACUCCAUAUCUCUCACCACAAUCCCUACACCGCCGCCGGCAAGCUAUACCACCACCGGUUCACAAAACCAAAUCCCAACUCCCACCGUUUGGCCAUCCACAACCCUACUUGCUGAAAAUCUCAUCUAUUCCGCCUUCCUGUGCGAACCCUCCCUCUCCCUCUUUCUCGCCCGGAGAACACCAGAUGCUUUCUAUCAGUCAGUCCCACCACCAUCACCACCACCAACUGAAACCUCUCUCUGUGUCUGUGUGUUCCCUUCUCUGCUACAAAAAUCCCGAAAAACAAUUCCCCGGAUCGCAUUGGAUUACAACAAAGUUUUUGGGCAUCAUCAGGAUGGAUAAUCAGAAUACUUUGGCGAUGAUAGCUGGAGGCAUGGUGUACAACAGUGUGAUAUGUCUUUUAUGGUUUCCAGGAGGACUUGCAAACAUUGGGAAGACAGCUGGUGAUUGGGUGUUUCUCCAUGCAGACUUGGUAGCUCUGUAUAUCUCCAUGGCUGUAUUGGUUGCUGGAAUGACUGUGGGACCCACAUUCUGGAAAAAGAUGGAGAAGCUUGCAAGGAAAGCCAUGGGUAUUGCAAUUGUUGCUAUGGCUAUAGCUGCGCACCACAUUAUUCUUAUGGUGGUUGGAGACGACUACUGGUUGAGGCUUUUUGUUAACGGUCGGGCAUUCUGUUCAUGGUUCUCACUUGUGUAUCCAUCUUCAUUCUAAACUCUUAAGUAUGGGAUUAGGGGGGAGGUAGAAGUAGAACUUUAAAUGGGUGGGCAUCAAAAGUCAAGUAUUGAUAUUCUUCUAACAUUUGACUAGAGCAAGCUUUGUGAAUAACAAGUAACAACCUACUUUUAUCCUAUUCAUGUUUUAGGAAUUUUUGUGGAAUUGAUAUUGAUG